AUGCUCGCUCGUAUCUCUGCAGCGAGUAAUGUUCUACAACAGUACAGGAAGAUUCCAUCUUCAGGUCCAAGGGAGCUUACGCCAGCCAUGGUUCGCUCCAUUGAAGAGGUUGACAAGCCAGCGAAAAGGGGUAAGAAAACUGAGAAUCAGAAGGAGGCACCAGUUUCCAAAUCAACCAAGGGGCAAACCCCUAAGAAGCGAAAGUAUGACAAGGCUGCUACAUCACAUGCUCAACCGAAGAAACAAAAGAAGCCUGCUAGGAAGCUCAUACUCCAAUCUUCCAGUGAUUCAGACUCAGAGUAUGUUCCUCCCAAACAUCAGUCUGCUCCUCCUUUAGAAUCUAAGAGCGAAAGCUCAGAUGAUGAGGCUUCGGGUCGAGACACUACUACCACCACUACUACCAUAGGAGCUCAUUCUACCGCUCCCACUCCACCUGUAACAACCGAACCCCCUGUCACAACCGAACCUACAGCCACUACCAAACCUUUAUCUCUUACUCCAUCCACAGAAACCACCCAUGUUCUAGGCGGUGAGGACUUGGAAUUUGAUUCCACGUAUUUUAGUCCUUACCGUGUACAAAGUAAUGAUGAUGAUAAUGAGCCUGUUACAAAGCGUCAUCUCAAGGCAGUAAAUGAAAAACUUGAUCAACUGCUCUCAUCCUCUUCCUCUGCAUCUUACUCUGAAGCUGCUUUAAAGGCCCUGUUCUCAUUUGUUGUUCAAGAACACAAUGCCUCCCUCUCUGUUGCAGCUAAAGCGAUUGAAGCCUCCACUUCACAAUGUCAACAAGCCUCUCUUGUUGUUGAGGCUUCUACCAAGGAGUGCCAGGAUGCAACCGCAAAAGUCAAUAAACUAGUUUCUGAAGCUCACAUGUUUUUAGAUUCUUUGCAGGCGGCUGCUAAGAAGAAUGCUCAAACCGUCAAUGCUUCGGUGGAUCACCUUCAAUGGUCCCUUCAAUCUGAAAGGUCCAACCUUGAAGCUGUACGCCAAGCGAUCGAGACUGCAAACGAGUCUCUACAUGCUAAUGUUAUGAUCGCCUGA